AGAGAGAGAGAGAGAGGAGAUCAAGGGGAGGUGGGACAUGGAGAGCAAACGCUGCUUCGCCAACCGCUUCGAUGAUUACCAGGGCAGCCUGCUAGCUGGCCAGUGUAAGGAGGCGGUAGCGCCCUUGGUCACGGCCACCAUCGACCGCAUUCUGAAGGAGCUGCCUCAGCUUGGGGGCAGCGGGGAAUCUAAGGGGGCGGCGGCGCGGGAGAGCUGCUGCCAAGGGGGUCUGUACAGUGGCGUGGCAGGGGUGGCCUACAUGCUGUACCACGUCUCCCAGUGCCCUCUUUUCGCCCCGUCCCGGGAGAGGUAUCUCCGUUUGGCCAAGCGGCUCAUUGACGCCUGCACCCGCGCCGAGGAGUGGGGGGAGCCGGACGCGGAUACUCGCGCUGCCUUCUUGCUUGGGGGUGCGGGUGUCUAUGCGGUGGCAGCUUUAGUUUACCACGCCCUGGGUCGGCCUGACUAUGUGCAGCCGCUGGGCAAGUUCCGGGAGCUGUGCGCCAUCUGCGCCCCGGUCUCCUUCCUGGAGUGCGGUUCCGACGAGCUCUUCGUGGGCCGCGCGGGCUACCUGUGCGCCGCCCUGGUGCUGAAGCAGAAACUCUCCCUGGAGGUGUUGACCCCGGCACAGAUUAAAUCAAUCUGCCAGGCAAUCCUAGAAUCAGGGAAGCAGUAUGCAGUGAAGAAGAGAAAACCAUUUCCUUUAAUGUAUUCUUAUUAUGGAACUGAAUACUUAGGUGCCGCUCAUGGCUUGUCCUCCAUUCUCCAAAUGCUGCUCUCUUACCAUGAGCACCUCCAACCUGCUGAUCGGGAGCUGGUCUGGCAGAGUGUUGAUUUCCUCAUGGAACAGGAACAAAAUUGCAACUGGCCUCCAGAGCUAGGAGAAAUGAUUGAGAGGGAAAAUGAGCUGGUCCACUGGUGUCAUGGAGCUCCAGGAAUUGCCUACCUAUUUGCCAAAGCAUACCUGGUUUCCAAGAAACCUCAGUAUCUGGACACUUGUAUCCGGUGUGGGGAGCUCACAUGGCGAAAGGGCCUGCUGAAGAAAGGACCUGGCAUCUGCCAUGGUGUGGCUGGCAGUGCCUAUGUAUUUCUCCUGUUAUAUAGGCUGACUGGAAACUCCAAAUAUAUCUACAGAGCGCAAAGGUUUGCAGAGUUCUUGUUUACAGAAGAGUUCAAAGCAGGUUCCCGUGUACUGGAAAGCAUCUACAGUCUGUAUGAAGGCUUUUCGGGAACUGUGUGUUUCCUGAUUGACUUGCUGCAGCCUGGUGAGGCUGAAUUCCCUCUCUUCAGUGUGUUUGUUUAGAAGAUGACAGUCACCGGUGCAGCCAUGCAAAGGCAUCUGGGAUUUUCCUUUAACAAACAAGGAAGGCAAUUUAUACAUAAGCCAGACAUAGCGGUAUCACUACCACUAGCCUUAACAUUGCUGGGGUGGGGGGUGGGGGCAGAAGUGGGAGGGAGAGAGGCAUGUUGGGGGUUCAGAAAAUGGCAAAUGAUUCUAGACUUGAGAGGGAAACAUGUAUCUUUUUUAAAAAAUUACAUUUCUUAAAAGCUUAGAAGUUUCUCUGUUUUAAGGAACAAAGACCAGAGGUGAGGAAAAGGGAAAGAAACAUGAAUUAGUUUUCAGUUGGUAGUGUAGGAAAAAUGAUUAUGGAAGAUGAAAAUAUAAAAAAACAUGGAUGCUGUGGAGAUGGAAAGAGAACUAAACUAAGCUCCCUACCCUUAAAUUCAAGAACAAGAACAAAGACAAUCAAAGACUUCUAGAGCUGAAAACUUUGAAAAGGGUUAAUGCUUUCUGAUGGGUGAAAAGACAAAAUCUUGUUUUAAGUCUUGUGAUCUAUAUUUAUGGAAAGGUUAUUUUUAUGGGAUAGAUAAGUUUACCCAGAGCCUGAAUUUAUGCCAUUGUCUCAGGCACUUUGAAGAAACUAUUUCACAAUUAAUUCUAAACCCAGAGAUGUUAAGUUCCCUCCAACCUCAUAGCUAUCUUUCCUCUAUCCCUUUCCCUUUCAAUUAAAAUAAAUAGAAAUGCACAUAAAAUGCUUUAGCCUAGCAAAUGUAGCAAAUGUCACCGUCAAGUACUUUUCUCUGUUUUGAUGUGUUAACUGAAUUGUCUAGUAAUUGAAUUUUAUUUCAACUAACAUUUGUGAAGCUUCUACUCUGUGCAAGGCACCAUGCUAGGUGUUAGAAUGCAAAGAUAAAAAAAAGAAAAACCUCAGUCCCUGUCCUCAGGAAUUUACAGUCUAGUACAGGGGAUGGAAACUGUACACAGUAACUAUAAUGCAAAUGAAACUAUCAGUAACUACACUGAGGAAAUCCAGCAGGAUGAAGUGAGAGAUUAGAAGAGGCAAGGAUUAUUUCUAGCUCAGAGAAUCAAGAACAAGGUGGCAUCUGAGGUGACCUUUGAAAGAGAAGGAUUCCAGGGGGUGAUUAUAUGGAUUAAUUUGCAGGGACAAUGAUGUGGACAUGAAGCAUAGGAAUUAUUUUUUAAAGAAUGUUUUAAAGAAUGUAAUGUCUUUUAGGGUAUUAGCUGAAUUUUAAAACUACUGGUCAAUCCCCCCCUACCUCAAUACUGAGGUAAUCAACUACAGGAUCAUAUUUUUGUCAGUUUCUGCUAGGAUACUGCUGGCCCAAUAUCUUGGUCAGAGACCAAAAGGGAUUUCACAUGGCCAACCUGGAUAAAACAUUGCUCUCGGUAAAAUUAAUAGUUUAGACUGUUUCACUUCUCUCCCCAGGCAUCUAUUCAAUAGGUGAAUUGCUUCAGAGCUUUAAAGACAGGCUGUCAGAGAAAUUUAAACCCUGCUGUGAAUGGAGAGGAAUCUUAAAACAGUUCUGGUACAGACCUGGUUGCAAAACACUGUAGGCUACUACAGGAUUUUGAAUGUGCCCAUGUACUUUGUCAUUUGUUUUUUUUUUAAAGCAAAAAAAAAAAAAAUCUAUCUUCUCUCCUUCCCACCUCCCUCUACCAUCGUGAGGAUGAGGGGGAAUACAGAAAAACUCUUUCAAAUAUGCAUAGUCAAGCAAAAAAUAAUCCUCAAUUGGCUCUGUCCAAUAAAUGUCUCAUUCUGUACCCUGAAUCCACCACCUCUCUUUCAGGGGGCGACUAAUGUGCUUUAUUUUGGGUUCCCUAGAAUUGUGGCUGGUCAUUGCAUUGGUCGGAGUCCUUAGAUCCUUCAGAGUUGUUUGUCUUUGCAGUAUUGUGUCAUUGUAUAAAUUGUUUUUUUCCUUUUUCUAUUUGCCUGUGUAUGUACUUUUGUGAUGAUUGAUUCUCUACAGUAAGAUGGUGAGAACACUGGAAACACACCUAUAUUUUCAAGAUUCUAUACAUUAGAAAUUUAUAAUUGAGAGCAUACUAAGUAUAAGAUUCAGUGUUAUAGCACUAAGGGGAGAUGCAAAUGAAUAAAAUACUGAAAUUGUGCAAAUGGAGUUUAUAAGAUGUAGCAUAUGAAAGAAAGUCAUUCAUACAACCAUUUGUCCCCAACUAAUAGGUUAGCCUGAGCCUGGGACUUUAGCUUUAGUUCUAGAAGAGAGAUGAGAGAACAUGCAGUUCCUAUCCCUCAUUUUAUAGAUGACAAAACUGAGGCCUAGAAGCUUAAUUGACUUGCCCAAGGCUAUAUAGGUACUAAGUAUGAGGGAUUCGAAUCUAUAUGAUCUGACUCCAGAACCAGGUCUCUUUCCAAGGUGCCGUGUUCUUUCCCUAAGAAAUAGAUGACUUUUGUCUUUACAUCAAAGCCAUGACUGGAUGCACCCCCAGCAAACAUUUGAGCAAAAUUGUUUCAUAUAGUUACCCCUCCUGACAGGAUAUGCAGCAUUUAGGCUCCUUACCUACUGGGAGGUGUUAUUUCAUUAUCUAAUCUUUUAGGUCAAAAGGGAUCUUUACAUUUCUCCAGAAUUGGUUUCUUUUAGUGUUCUUUUCCUUUAUGUUACUGUAUUUAUUUUGUAUUUUGUUCCCUUGACUAUUUAAUUUUUAAUAGAAAAAACUCUAAGCAAGUCUCAUCUCUAAUAACUUGUUCUCUAUUAUAUUUUCAAUAUUUAUUGCUCAUUACUCAUUAUUUAUUAUUCAUUACAAACCCCCCCUGAAAUUUGUAAUGUAGUUCUCUUGUCAAUAAUUCAAUAUUCAUAUUUAUAAACACAGAUCUAUACACAUUACCUCAAGCAGUGGUUUCAGUUUUGGGGAGUCAGGAAAUAGUAAUUCUUGGGCAGAACCUAAAACUUGUUAUGCAGAAGGCUCUAGAACAUUCAAAUAGCAUUCAAUCAAAGCAAACUCUUUCUAUAGUUUCUUUAACACUUAAAAAAAAUUAAUGAAAGCUACUCAUAAGCUACCAGCUUGGAAUUCUACAUUAUUUCAUUUUCUAUCUGUCUGACUACCCUCCUUCAAGAUAAGGAACUAAGGUAAAAAAACAACAACAACAACAAAAAACUGAGGCAAGGUUAUAAAAUAACUUAUCUUGUUGCCUUUACUUCAGUUCCAGGAAUAAGAAUGACAGAAAAACAAUUCCUCUCUAAAGAAUACUAUUAUUUAUUUUCAUGUAAAUGGCUUUUCUUGGGGGAAUAAAAGUGUGACUCUGGUGUGCCAAAGCAUUUUUAUGUAUACCACUUCCAUAAAAAAUAAUGAUCCAAAUGAAUUGUGUUAUUUUUCUUUGAAAAAUUUCACUCAUUUAGAUUAGAAUCAUGAGUUUGCCAGGAUCUCCUUUCCUUUUCAAGGAAUAAACUCUUACCAGGUGGGGUGGGAGGAGUGGACUUGGAGUUAGAUCACUGGGAUUUGAUCAAUCACCCAACCUAUGUGAGCUUGGCCAAAUCACUUAACCUCUUUGGGUUUUUGUUUUCUCAUCAUUAAAUCGAGUGUUUCUCUCUGUCUCUGUCUCUCUUUGUGUGUGUUUCUCUCUUUCUGUCUCUGUCUCUCUGUCUCUCUCUCUGUCUCUCAGGGUAGGAGAGGUUGGCCUAGAUAAAGCCCAUUCCAGCUUUAAAUAAAAGCAUGAUCCCAUGAAGCUUUGAUUAACCUUCUACCCAAGAACAUAAAAACAUCCCAUUUUAGAAAGUACAAAAUGGAUGAUUUUAACAUCGAAAAGCUUAGGCAAGGGGCAUGAGCAAGUAAGCAUAGGAAACAGGAACCAGGGAAAGAAGAACUGGAGACAGUAGAUGAUCCACUCUGCCUUUAAGGUGGAGGACAAGAAAAGAAACAAUGAAAGAAAAGGUUUGAAGGUGGGUUGGUGCCAGAUUAUUUAAGGGCUUAAAUGCCAGAAGUUUAAAUUUCCUUUGCUCUUUGGCCAAUGGGUCAAGAAAGAAUGGUCUUUUUGGGCAAAGGAAGUUUCUGAGUAGAGGAGUGAGAUAUAAUCAGAGCAUGGUAUUGGAAAAUGAUGAGACGGUGAUGGGAAGAAUGAACUGGGGAGGUCUCAGCUGGAAGCAGGAAAGCCAGUAGGGAGGUUAUUAUAAUGUUCCAGGUGAGAUGUUGACAAAGUUAGGAAUUAGGGUGGUUACAGGGGGAGUAAAAAGGGGGGGUACAGUGGAGAGAAAGGAUUUGACAACUGACUACAUAUAAAAGGUGAAGGAUGGGGAAGAGUCAGAGAUAUCUCUGAGGUGGAAAACCUGUGUGACUCAGAGGACGGUACAGAAAUAAGAAAAUAAGAAAGCCAGGAUGAAGGCCAAAGGGCAAAAUGGGGCAGAUUAAUCCUAGGGACCUUUGAUAAAUUAAGCUUGGAAAAUAUUGCAAUUUGACCAAUCUUAUUUUAAUAACUGAAGACUUUGUCUUUUCUGUAACAGUGUGUCUUCUAGAACUAUAAGACGUCUUUAGGAAGAAGUCUAAUAUUAGAUUCAAGGAGUAUAGUCAUGAAAGAUUUUAAAAGCUGAUUUGUGAGGAAUUUUGGAGAGGAAUGAAAUUGUAUUUUGUAUUCUACUGAGAGGGCAGUUAGCCUAUUCUACGAUUAUAUCUCUUUUCCCCAAAUAAAGCUGUACAUCAUCCAUUCUCCCACUUUAGUUUUAUCCAGCAUGUGCUGUACACUAUUCAGUGCAGGGAAGGCUUGAUUUAUCUAUUUCUAACAUGGGUGGUUUAGUUUUGAUUUUGGAAGAGGUUCAUUUUGAAUCCUAUUAACUGGAACCUAUUAGUGAUCUCUAUUAGGGCAAUUUCUUGAUCAAGUAAACAAUCCAUUGGGGUAACAAUAUCCCUUCCUGAUAUUCCCCAUAAUGCAGUUUAGUUAUUAGUUCAAUGGCAUUUCUUAGUGCUACCUGAAUUUGAGCUCUUUCCUUGACUCAUCUCUUAAUAUUGCCUGCCCUAGAGCUCCCAGGGUUGGAUCAGAUGCAUUUCUAAUCAUUUUGGUUUCUUUAGACAGCAAAAUCACAACAGCUUUGAAUGCACUUCAUAGUAAUCUAUACUUAUGAUUUUUCAUUGAAACCAAGUAAAUGGAUGUUGCAAACGGAAAAAAAAUCCAUCUAAUUUUUGCUGUGUUUCUACAAGUUACAGAAAUUAAAGCCAUGUUUAUUUAAGCUUUCAGAUGCUUCUGCAUGAAAUGCCAGUUUCCUUAGUGUAUGCAAUGCUCCAAACAUGGCACUGCUCUUGGGAUUUAAAAGAAUGUCCGAAAAUGUGAUGAAGUAUCCCUUCCCACACCAUUUUAGUUCAUCCCUACUACCUUUCAUUCAUCCAUAGAGGUUCUGUUUGUGCACAGUGUAAAUAUGAUUUCCUUCCUUCACAGAGGAUAUUUGCAUUAGGCAGAAAUCAUUCCUGCAUAGACAGAGAUCUGCUAAAAUGCAAAUAUUUUUUUUUCCUUGGUAGCAAAGGAUUCCAUCUGCACCAGAACCUACCAGAAGGCAGCACACACAUUCUGCAAAGUCAUUCAAUUCCAUUCAGUUCAACAAGUAUUUAUUAAGCAAGGCACUGUACUGGACAAUACUAUCCCUUUUCCCACUGUGCCUGUGAAAGGGGAUAGCAAAACACUUAUUCACUGAAUUUGGCUGCUGAGGCUAAUUCAGGCCAGAAACUUGUCUGACAUGUAAUCAAAGCCUUUAAUAUGGCCCUGUAUGGGGACCUGGGUUAGUUAUCCAAUUGUAAGUCUAUACUACCCCCAAAUAAUUAGUUUACUGUUCAGAUCUUUGCUUCCCCUUGGUGAACUGAUCCAAAUGAGUUAGUAAGUUUUAAAUGGACAAAGAAGCAUCAAAACAGAAAAAGUAAAAGGAACCAUGAAAAAUAUGGCUCACUGUGGAGAGAAACCCACUUUGUAUGCCAGAGUUCCCAGGGUGCUCCUGUCAUCUAUUUGCUUAUUUGUUGUAUUUAAUGAUUCAUUCCCCACCUGUUUGCAAAGAAUUUGAGCGAUCAGAGCAAGAAUGUAUCAGGACAAUUUAAACAAAACAACAGAAUUCAAAACCAUUAAUAAAAAAGUAGAGAAGAAGAUAAUUUGGGCAAUUGGGAAAUUAAUUUCUUCAGUGGAAUGGUGAGAUUAAUUCUCACUUUCCUCACAGUUUAGAGAAAUAGGGAAAUGUCUCAUUGUCUGAUUAAAGAAAUCCAGUAUUUUUUUUCAGUUCUUAGAAUCAAGGUUAGAAUUGACAGUGAGUAUAUAUAUCCCCAUGCUUACUGACCAUAUUUAAUGCCAGCAAUAAUUUCAAUUCAUUUGUGUGCAUACUUCUUGUUUCUACAGUGGAUAACUUUUGUAGUUAAUUAAUUCUUUUCUCAUAGAAUAUAAACACCUUUGAGGGCAAGAAAUGUUUUCAUUAUUUUGGUCAUUCUCUUGCUAGUAGGAAUAGGUAGGUGCCUAAUGCAUAGGGUUUGUUGUUUUUUGUUCCUUUUGAAAUCUUUGGUUCUCAUAUUUGAUAUGGAUUGUUCAAAUUUUUGGUUAGUCAUGUCUUUUAUCUGUUGAAUGAUAAUCCCUUCUCUUUAGAAUCACAUCUCCUAGAUUGCUUCCUAUCAGUUCUUUAGUAGCUAUAGUGCUGACCCAAUCUGGAUAUGGUUUUGCAUCCUUAGUGAAGCUAGGUGGCACAGGCACUACCAGACCUGGAGUUAGGAAAACUCAUCUUUGUGAGUUCAAAUCUACCCUCAGAU